GCCGGACGGAGCAUCCCGUCAGGCCGGCUGGACAAGAACGGCACUCUCUUAGUUAUAUAAGAAUUCUAAAUGAAGUGUUACUUUUAUGAAAAAGAAGCUAACACAAUAUCAGAAAUCAUGAGAGAGAACCUCCGGCUUCUCACUAAAAAUCCAGUGACCUUUCUGUGAUUCCGGCGGAUAUGUACGACGAGCCACCGCCAGAAUGCUCGUUUUUGUAUAAUAGGCGCAAUGAAGGUGGGUAUUCAACUCAAAGGCACAGUGCCGGGAAUCGUGGCUGUGGACACCCGUUUAUCCAGAAUGAGUACACCCAACCUUCAUACAGACGCCGGAGUAACACUUUUCGUAAAACGAACGAAGAUAGAUCAAUCUCGCUCAGCUUCAGAUCCAGGGAUCGAGACAGGAGAUAUACAAUCAUCAGAAAUUGGAAUAGGCAUCCUCAUAGCAGGUAUUACGAACAAUCAGGCUUUAGACCUAAGUACAGGAAUGAUGCAAAUUCAAGUCAACUCACACCUGGGCAUGAGCUCUACCCAAAAUACAUGCCCCGGGAAAGUUUCAACGACGUCUCUCUCUCCUCACACAGUCAAUUGGACCUGGGCUUUCGUCCUCCUGAACAAAAAUGCGACUGGCACACGGUCAAUUACAGGAGGCAGCGCUACCCUCACCAAGCUCAGCGCCUCACAAUACCUAAAUCAGACAUCAACUGCAGACCUACCUUUUCUAAUCGUUUUGAUUGUUUAGAUUUUGAAGAAGAAAUCUGAGAUUAUGAAAGACCCCCCCUCAGUUAUGCUAACGACCCUCGAUGGAGUCAAAGAGAAUUAAAAGGAAAUCAGAGACGUAACUUGGACGGUCGCAAUCGACAUAGCCGGAUAAUUAACUGUGAGGUGAAGGCAGGGGAAUUAAAUCUCGGAAAUCAUGUCGGUGACCGUGGUAUCCAGAGGUGACGACCAGCGAACGCUAAGCCGGAAACUCCAGUUGACUCAACGACUGAAGUCUUGCCCGAUAAACCUUCCGGUGACUGAUCCACAGCGACAGGGUCCCAGGAACCACAAACAGCUCUUAUCAGUAGCUCUGUAAACCCGCGCAAGGACAAAACAUUCACGUGGGCUGACCUACUGAAAACCAGCAACGACAAACGCUUAUCUGGCGAGGAAGCACAUGGUCACACUACUGGCCUAAGGAUGGGUGUUCCAUUCUCAACCACAAGCCAAAAGCUUUUGUCAACGGAUAAACAAAUUAUUUUAACAGAAGGUAACUUUUCAAUAGUUACCGCUGAUAGACACCACUCAGAGUCAACAAGUAUUUCCAAAGAUUCGGAGAAUUUCUCUUUUUUCGGUGAGAAAGGCUUUGACACAAUUAAAAUUGGUCAUACAAUUUUCAAAUUUGCGGUCAAGCACAACACCCUGACCAUUUUCGAGAUUAAAAAAUCUUGCCUGACCAAGAUUACCUUCAAUCUCAACUUGGCUCCACAAAUCAUUCGAUAUAUCUCUCAGAUCACGGGAAGAGACAAUAAUUAUAGGCAGCAAAGGAAAUUUGGACUUAUCACAAUUUCUUUGGAAUUUUACAAAUCAGGUCGUGCCUGAAAAUUUCUAAAGAAAAAGGAAGUUCCAUCUUGAUCCCAUCGAGCCCAAGAAAAUCCAGUCUGUUCAAUUUUUUGGCUAUCUUUUCAAAUUUUGUGGGAUUUUUUGAUUUAGUGUAGGAGGAGCCAAUGCACCUGGAGCACAAAAGGAUCUCACAAUUAGUGCAUGACGACUCAAUAUCUCUUCAGCAAGGGAGUAUGUUAGAAACGGAGGACCCCACAUCCAUAUCUAAACUGAUUUUUAAUUAUCAAAUCCAGGUAGCAGAUACCGAGAAUCAACAAGUCUUCUAUUCUGGGAAACAACCCCCAUCAUUUGAGAAAUAACUUCAAAAGCCACGCCUCCAAGCGUACUCUGAUGCCUCAGACGACUUUGACCACUUUGACGAUUCUUUUUUCACAGACGAUUUUCUAGGUCAUGCAAGCGAAAGCGAUCGUCGACCCCCUCUAUCAUACCAGGAAGAAAUUAAGAACUCCAAAUUCAAUAGAUCGAUAUGUCGUAAAUCAAAGUUGGUCACCUCAGAAAACUUCCCGCCGACAGAAAAUCUGAACACACAACUAAAGAUCUACAGGAAAUCUCAGAAGAAUAAAAGACGCCAUAGCAUGAGGACCAGAUCACAGUCCAGAGAUUUCCCUUGGCUCUAGUGUUUGUCUUUUUGUUUUUGUUUUCCUUUCUUUCUUGUUCUCUUUUUUUUUCUUAUCUUCUUUUUUUACUUAUCUUCUUGCACUGUACUUUUACUUUAUAUUUUGAAUAAAAUUGUUUUUCAACAAAAAAAAGAUAUCUUAGUUAUAAAAGAUAAUUUUGGAAAGUC